CUCUUCCAGACAAAGGAGUGGCUGUAACGAAAAGAUGAUCCGCCGUAUCUCCACCGUCCAUCCUCCCUUCUACCACAUCACAACCGACCAUUAUCCUCAAAACCACACACCUCUGCCACUCAAACUCUGCAACCUCACUCUCACCUUCACCAUCAUCGCAGCAAUGGCGACUCUCCAUAACACACUCAUCUCUUUUCAAUCCAAAAUCCCACUCUCCGCACGCACCUCGAGAAACCACGUUACUGCCAACCUCUCCUUCUCCGCCACUUUCCCUUCCAUCAAGCUCGCCGGAACCACCCUAACCCGUUCCCGCGGCGGUGCGGUGAUGAUGUCAUCCAGCGCUGCCUCCAGCUACGCCGCAGCCUUAGCCGACGUGGCCAGACGCAACAACACCCUCGAUUCCACCGCAGCCGACGUCGAGAAAAUCGAGAACCUGUUUUCGUAUCCAGACGUUUUGGAUUUCUUCGUAAACCCUACAGUCGACAUCGAGGAGAAGCGGAAGUUCCUCGACGACAUAGCGAAAUCGAGCGGACUCCAGCCCUACAGCGUCAAUUUCUUGAACAUCCUCAUUGACUCGAGGAGAAUCAGUCUGAUUAAGGAGAUUGUGAAGGAGUUCGAGAUGGCGUACAACAACUUGACGGACACGGAGCUUGCGAUUGUGACUUCGGUGGUGAAGCUGGAGCCGGAGCAUCUGACGCAGAUUGCGAAGCAGGUGCAGAAAUUGACCGGGGCAAAGAAUGUGAGGAUAAAGACUGCGAUUGAUCCUUCCUUGGUGGCUGGAUUUACUGUUAGUUAUGGAAAUACAGGGUCCAAGCUUAUUGACAUGAGUGUGAAGAAGCAGUUAGAAGACAUUGCUUCACAGAUUGAUUUGGGUGACAUUCAACUUGUCGGAUGAGUCCGUGAAUUUCUUCCUCUUUUUUCAAUGUUUAUGGAUGGAGUCUGCAAUUGAAUUGUUGAACCAUGGAUUUACGUCACAAAAGCUUGGAUGCCUUAUUUUCGCUGUUCAUGAUCUUAUUAUUAGGAAUUCAUCUUCUUUUUUUGUGGAGGUUAAAUGGUUAAUGGUCUUAUUAUUCUACUUCUUCCUCAUUGUGUAAGUAAUUGAAGGUUCUUACGAACAUGUUUUUAUGGAAGAAUAGGAUUGGCAUCGUGUAAUAUGAUUAUUCGCUGCUGAUUUCAUGUAAUUUUUAUGGCAUUCAGUUGUUCUCAAUUCGUGAGAAUUCGUGGGUUUGAUGGAGAGGUGAAAAUCAAUGAAAAUAAACCUUAUAUUUAACCAAA